UCUCUCAUCCAUGGCUAAGCUGAUUCUGCUUUCUCUUCUUGCUAUUUUCUGCUUUGCAUUAACAAGUCAUGCAGCAACAUAUGUUGUUGGAGACACUUCUGGUUGGGACAUAAGCACAGAUAUUGAUUCAUGGGCUACUAACAAGACAUUCAAUGUUGGUGAUGUUCUACUGUUCCAAUACUCAUCAUCUCACAGUGUAAGUGAAGUUAAUAAAGAAAGUUUCGAAACUUGCAAUACAACAAAUAGUUUGACAACUUUUUCUAAUGGGAACACAACUGUAACACUUUCAAAUGCUGGAAAGAGGUAUUUUGUUUGUGGCAACAAGUUGCAUUGUCUUGGAGGGAUGAAGCUUCAAGUAAAUGUACUAGAAGAUGAGAAAAAAUCCGUAACCGUAGGUGCUCCCGAAGCUCAACCGCAACCUCAAGCUACGAUUCCGAAGCCUUCUUCGAAGACCAACAAUCCUUCUUCAACUGCUUCGGAUGGUUUUAUCAAUGGUGGAAUUGGAUCUCUCAUAAUAGCAUUCCUUUUUAUGGUCUCUACAAUGUUUGGUCUAUUCCAGAUUUGAGAAAAAUGUUCAUAGAUGUGCACUGUUACUCCAUAUUGAGAUCAAAAUUGCUUUACAUUGUUCAACACCAACAAACAGUUCAUUAAAUCUAAGGCAAAUCUGUUUACUCUAA